UCCCUAAUUCGGUUCUGUGGUCGUCGUCCGCUUCGAUUUUUUUUCCCUCUCUGAUUCUUUCGGUGAAUCAAAGCUGUGGUUUUGGGACUGGUUCUGAGUCCCUUGUUGCUGUUCUUGCUGCCAAAUCUCAUCUUUAUUUUCAGUUUUUGUCUGCCGUUUUUCUUAGAUCGUCACAUACAUGCAGCACGGGUUCCUGUUAGCGUUCCUGAUAGAUGUCGCCUAUCCUAAGUGAGAUCCUGCUCUCCGGGUUUAUGAUCAAUUCGACUCUCCGGCGAAGAACGCAUUUGGUUCAGUCCUUCUCCGUCGUCUUCCUUUACUGGUUCUACGUUUUCUCAUGAACUCGUUGACCGAUUGAUCGCCUGAAUAGAUAUAUAGCGUCUCUUGAUAAAUAUCGUACGCGUGUUGUUUAGUCUACUUCUGUGUUCGGGUAAUAUUGAUUAAAAAGUAAAAUGAUAAGCAAAAACGAAAAGCGAGCUUUCAUGGCGUCUCCCUGCGGCACUUCUUCCGGUGCGAGCCGGCGCUUGAACACCCAGUCGGAGGAGGACCUGAUGAACCGGCGGAAGCAGAGGCGGAUGCUGUCGAACCGGGAGUCAGCACGGCGGUCCAGGAUGAGGAAACAGAAGCACCUCGGCGAUCUGACGGCUGAGGCGAGCCGGCUGAGGGAGGAAAACUGCCGGAUGAUGACGGCGCUGGCCCUCGCCGAACGGCAUUGCGCGGCGGCCGAGGCAGAGAACGCCGUGCUGAGAGCCCAGGUGGCGGAGCUCGACUUGACGCUGCAGGCGCUGAACAACAUCCUCCGCCGAUGCGCCUUCUCCGGAUGCGGCGCUGACGAAGAAUGCAUGGGGCAGUGGAGCUCGAUGAACGCCGACGCGGCGGCGGCGGCGGAAAGGGUGGCUUCGGCGGACGUGUUGGGGUACUUUUUUAAUCAACGCCGGGAAGAGGAUGGGCAGGGAAAAGUAUAAUCAGAUCACGGCCU